AUCUAACCCCCAGCGCUGCCCCUCGCCCCUUCGCCAAGUUGCAGAGCAGGAGAAGAAAAGCAGCGGCGGAGCUCAUCUGACGCAUGGGAGAGAGGGCUGGGAGAGAGGGCUGGCGAGCAGCCAGCAGCUAAUAGCAGCAUAAAAGAGGUUUGAUGAGAAAAAUAAAUUAACAUGCUAAUUGUCAGGCUGGAAAGGGUGCUGGGGAGCAGACAGAGCGAAAAGAAAAGGAGGAAGACAUUUCUAAUUACACUUGAUUUUAACAAUAAAGGGCUUGAGGAGGAAAGAAAGGGUUUGAUGUAAUUUGCUUCUUUUUGUCCCAUUCUCUGCUACCCUCCCCAGCUCAGAACCUCUAGCCGGAGGCUCAGGCACUCACGGGGAUUUAUCAGCCGAUCUCUUCCCAUUGAGCAUCGUGUCCCUGGCAGACGCACCGCGGGCUGCGGAGCUGGUCGGCAGCAGCGCGCAGUUCUCCGCUUCCCACGGUACCCAGUGACGCUGCGCUGGAGCUGCUGUCGGAGGGGAGGAAAGUCAUGUUUGAGAGAAUCCUGCACAGUCCCACCUCACGGCUCAGCUGAGCCCGGGGCAGAGGGGAGGUGUCCAAAGAUCUGAGCACUCUCCCACUCCUAGGGAGGCUUUUCUUUUGUUCGGUGUUUCUUCUUUAACCACCAAAGGGACUUGGCCAAUUCUGAUUGAUCUUUUUAAUUUCCUUUUAUCCCCUCCGAGCAAUCCAAAGGAGUGCCUGGGAACGCGAGCAGAAAGCUCAGCCUCUUAACACUAGCUUCGGAGGCUGCUGCUAACUAGGAUUAAGAAAGUCAACUGAUGCUUCAGAGCCUCAGGAUUUCAACAGCACGGAGCCUGCCGAGGAAGAGCCCCGCAUCGACAAACCCAGUUGGAUCUGGAAGCAGCAGCCGCCUCUCCCCGCGGAUGCCAUUUAACCCUGGAUUUGUGUGCAUCCUGCUCCCGAAAGCCGGCUGGAAGCCCAUCGUGCCUUCCCUUCAGGGCCAGUGAGCUCUGCCAGCCAGAGCCCUCUCUCCUCUCCCCCAGCUCCGGAGCCGGGGCAGGCAGAACCUUUAUCCAUGCGGGUGGAACAGGGCUCCCAGCCGACUCCCGGAGCUCCCAGCCCGUGCCGGCUGAGCAGCAGAUGAUCCAGAGCAUCGCCCCAAAGGAGGUGUGCUGGGGGAAGCAGGGCCAGGAGAUAAGGUACCCGUUUCAUUUUUGCUUACUCUUUAUGGAUGAACGUUGUGAAUAGCAGCCGAGAAGAGAGCAAAGAAAGUCAGUGAGCCGCGGGAGGGAAUUCAUUUGCUCGUAGACAACAUGCGGCUGGUUUCCAGCCUCUUACAAGCAGAAACAUUACUUCUUUCCCAUGCCAGACACUGACUGCAUUUCGCUCCUGCUUGGCUUGCCCCGUGGAGGAUAUUUAAGCAAGACCAUGUACAGUGAACUGCUAAAUUCAACCAGUGCCACUGAAGCUCACCUGAUCAUUCAGACCAACACGCCCUACCUGAGCGGCACUCCGAGACCCGUGAGCUCCUCUGCUUUUUACAUGUCCACGGCCAGGGUGCUAAAAGAAGGGGAGAUAAAUAAGCCAGACCUGGUGACUUACAUCAUCAUGUUUUUCUUUCUGCUCCUGACCGUGACACUCAUUGUGCUCUUCAUCAACUGCCAGCUGAAGAACUCUUUUUUCGCCACUCUCCCCUACGACAGAUCGCUCCGAGAGGCCAGGAGCCCGUGGAGGACACAAGCGGUCUGACCCUGGAGGGAAACUAUGGCCAGCAGCAGCCGGCACCAGAAACCUCCUGUGCAAUAAAGUGUCGCUGCUGUGGGUCACUGAGCGGAUGGGACCCUCUUUAGGCUGCGUGGCAGGAAGAGACUGCUGGAAAGAAUCUGCUGUGUGCAAAGGGGAAUGGCUGUAAAGAAAAAGCUCUGCUCUGAAGCAAAGGGAGGAUGGAUUGGCAAACUCACGCAGCUCGGCAAAAACCCUGCCCCGUGGUUGCACAUGAAGCUCUCCAUGUAUGCAAAUGUCAUCAUCCACCUAUUCAGUGUCCAUACAAGGGUAUUUGCAUUAACAACAGGCUCUGAUUUGGGCAGCUGGUGGAGCCUGGUGCCCACGUUUAGGAAACCAGAACAUCAAAUGUGAAGAAAAACCCCAGGGUGUUAACCUCGCAGCUCCACGCUGAGGGGAUGAGUUUACUUUCCAGACCCAUUUCUCUCAACUGCUGCUGGAACUGCGUGGUUAUGCAGUGGGAGUCCUGCCAGGCAAGAGGAGAAAAGGAAGGGGGAGGAGG